AUGGCCACUCGCUUACCUCCCCUCUCCGAUGUGGCGCCCUCGUCGGCUCUCGAACUCCCGUCUUCACUGCCUGCGAUUCAACGCCCCUCGAUCACCAAUGCGACAACCCCGAAUGACUCAGGGCCCGUGAAGCUCGAAGACUCUCCCACGCCCGUUACGGUAGCAUCCACGUCAGUCGAUGCGCUCUGCUCGGAUCCUGCUGUCAAUAAUUCCAAUAACACGCCCAGCCCGGCGGCAAAUGCUGCCGCGGGCCGAAAACGCAAACUGAACAGUACUUCUGCACGCGGUGUCGCCAAUCUCACGCCCGAUCAGCUUGCGAAGAAACGGGCCAACGAUCGCCAAGCUCAACGGGCAAUCAGGGAGAGAACAAAAACGCAUAUUGACACUCUGGAGCAACGGGUCCGCGAGCUCUCUUCGCAAAAGCCUUUCCUGGAUCUUCAGGCUGCACUAAAGCAGAAUGAAGCUAUUCUGGCUGAGAAUAGGGAGCUUCGCCAGGGAUUGAGAGCAAUAGUGGAUACCAUUCAGCCACUGCUAGGGAAGCAGGAUUCAUACAUGCCUCCGGUAAUAGCUCCUGCCACAGCUAGGUCGGCAGCUCCUCUUAUACCCUCCGCAUCGCCUUCUCUGGAUAACCAUGCUAUGCCACCCGAUCCACACAGGUCCGCGACGGUCGAUCGCUCUUAUACCGAGUCCAUCGCAAGCGUGGGGACACCGUCGUCGACUCACUCAGCGCCGACAUUAGGUUCCCGGCGCGACAGUGCAACCGGCAAUAGUACGUCUUUGCGGCUUGCAUUCGAUUACCAACGUCACAAUUUGCUUCACGGUCUGGAUUUUGGGGGUGAUGAAAGGAUGGGCUUCAACUUUUUACUUGAUCCCUCACAGCAGGUGCCCAAGAUGGAAGGCUUUCGUCGUUCAUCAGAAACUGUUAGGUCACAGUCGAGUAUCCCCGCUCUUCCACCGGUUGGCACCAUGCCGGACCAACCACUGCCGGCCUACAUGACUCCGAUCAGGAAUAUUGCACCCACCUGUACUUUGGAUGCAAUACUGCUCGACUUUCUUCACAACCGACAACGGGAGGCUGCGAAAGGAGUGCCGAAGCAGAAGCUUGUUGGGCCGGCAUAUCCAAGUGUCUCCUCCUUGCUCAACCCAGACAAGAGCGUCUACUCCCAUCCACUCUCUAAAGUCUUUACAGACAUUCUGCGCACAUUCCCUGAUAUCUCCUCACUUCCCGAACAGCUUGGUGUACUGUAUUCCAUGUUUCUCCUCAUGCGCUGGCAAAUAUAUCCGACGGCCGAGAAUUACCACCGGUUGCCGGACUGGCUAACGCCUCGUCCAUCACAGCUGCUGACACCGCAUCCCGCUUGGAUUGAUUAUCUUCCUUGGCCACGAAUGCGAGACCGGCUUGUCAUGUCGUAUCAUGAGUAUCCUUUCGAUAAUUGGUUCAUCCCUUUCACCGGCACACUUUCCAUCAAUUGGCCUUAUGAACCGACGGACUGUCUUCUUUCGACUGGCGAAACUGACGAGCUGAUUAUCAACCCCGUAUUCGAGAGGCACUUUGCGGAUAUCAAUAAUUGGACACUCGGACCAGCUUUCGCGGAGGAAUUUCCGCUGUUGGUUGAAACCACUAAGAUCAAGCCCGCCUCAUGA